AUGUCAGCAUCGGCGGGUUUGUCGCCAUUCCCAGCUAUACAUGGUGAGUCCAUUCUCUGUCAUUCUACCAAGACCACUAUCCUACGAGAUUAUACUACAAAGUUAUACUACGAGAUUAUACUACGAGAUCAUACUACGAGAUUAUACUACGAGAAGAGUGCAGUCGUUGACAGGAUAUGCAGGUUCAUGUUCGUCCACAACAACUUCAACUACGCCUCCAAGUUCCUCUCGAUAGCCACCAAAGUCGUCCUCUCCCAGGUCAUCUACGCGCCCCUCUUCAACGUCUACUUCUUCUCCGCCCAGUCGCUGCUGUCCGGCGCCAGCUGGGCUGAAACCCUCCAGCGCCUGCAAGUAACCCUGCCCGUCAGCAUCGUCAACAGCGCGAAGAUCUGGCCGGCCGUGUCGGCAUUUAUGUUUCUGUACAUUGAUCCCGCGUUCAGAGCCAUAUUCGCGGGCACUAUCGCGCUGGGGUGGCAGACCUAUCUCUCCUGGCUGAACCAAGUUGCCGCAAAGGAAGUCAGGGAGAGAGAGGUCGUUCAUGGGAAAGUCCCUGUUUAG